CGCAUCUAUCCUCCUCCUCCACCUCUUCCUUUUUUUUUCUCGUUCGCCAGAGGCCAGCGAUAUAGGAGCAGCAGUUGCGUGCUGCUUGGCCGCGCCAAAAGCCAGCGGCCAACAAACUACGACUAGUUAGUUUUCCCCCUAGCGUCCCGAUCUCUUUCGGCUCGUGCCCACCCCACGCCCGCCACCAACGCCGGAAAGAUCUGCCCCCGGAUAGCUGGGAUUCCGGCGAUGAGCUGCGGCGGCGGGCAGAGCGGGUGGCUGCUGGACUACGGCCUCGUGGAGGAGGAGAUCCAGGCCUCCGACUUCAUCUACAUGGUCGACGAUCCGCCCGUCUCCAGCGCCAUGCUGGGGUUCGAUGCUCCCAGGAAGGAGGACGCUGCGGCCGCCCGGGACAACUCCGGCGCCAAGAAAAGAUCCCGUCCAGAGUCGAGCGCACAACCCGGCACAAAGGCGUGCCGAGAGAAGCUCCGGCGAGACAGGCUCAACGAAAGGUUCAACGAGCUCUGCGCCGUCCUGGAGCCCGGGAAGCCACCCAAGGCCGACAAGGUCGCCAUCCUCAGCGACGCCACUCGCCUCCUGGACCAGCUGCGCGCCGAGGCUCAGCAGCUCAAGUCCUCAAACGAGUCGCUCCAGGACUCUAUCAAGAGCCUCAAGUCCGAGAAGUCGGAGCUGCGAGACGAGAAGACGAAGCUGAAGGCCGAGAGGGAGAGGCUGGAGCAGAUGCUCAAGGGCGUCAGCGCUGCUGCUGCUCCCCGGCAGUUCAUCCCGCACCCGGCCGCCGCUGCGGCGCCGCAGUUCCACCCGGCGGCAGCGUUCGCGCACGCCGGCAAGUUCGUCCCGGCGUACGCAGCCGGCUACCCGCCGCCGGCAGCCUUCUGGCAGUGGAUACCGCCGACGUCGCUGGACACGUCCAAGGACCCCGCGCACUGGCCCCCCGUUGCGUGAUCAGCUCGAUGACGCACGGCGGCCAUCGUCGGAGGAUGUAGAAGGUUGACCAAAGCACGCGCCCGGAGAUAACAUCGGUUCCUGGUGAUUGUGUAGCGGUGUCUAUGAUUAUGAUGUGGGUAUAAUGAUCCAGGG